UUCCUGGGCAUGGAUGUGUUAAUGACCUUAGGGUUAUCUAUGCAGCCCCGUUCUGUAGAUGGUCAGGUUGAGGAUCUUGAGAUCGAAGGAGGGACCGCCGUGCCUUGCGAGGAAUUCUGGGGCCCAAACAUCGCUUAAUCGCUUACGCCAUGAUAGUCCCUGCGCCACAUGGCUGCAACCAGGUCAAUCGAGUCCCCAGGAUUUUUGGCUAGCUGUUUGGUAUUCUUGCGUUUGACCACUUGAUGUAAACGGUAACCAUGAACUCGGCAGUUUUGGGAGAAAUCGCGCAAGCUGUCAACACGAUCUACGAUGCAUCGGCGACCAACUCUCAACGCCAGCUAGCUCAAAAUUUUUGCGAAACACUCAAAGACAAUCCCCAGAGCCCCCUUUGGGGUCAUUACCUUGCACACAAACAAAACUCCCAGCCGGACAUCCUCCGCCACUUUGGAUUAUCUCUUAUUGAGAAUGCCGUACGGUUUAAAUGGAACGAUGGAUCGUACUCUGAUCAAGAUCGGGCAGGAUUGCGUGACGCUGUAGUGGAUUUGGUCACUAAUGUAAGUGUUCAAGUUGUGGUGAAACAAAUUUAAUGGCGUUGGGGAACCUCUACCUAUUGCCCAAUGACCGAAUAACAUUCUUCUAUGUGUGCUUUGUAUACCUGUCAUGUAUGAUUUGCAAGUAUGAGAGCGUAAUAUAUGUACAUUCUUAUCAAAGGCACGCACGAGAUAUUCGUCGAAAGAACAUACAUUAAGGAAAAGGUGUCUCGUUUGUUUGUAGAGGUUGCAAAACGCAUGUGGCCCAUCCAAUGGCCGCACAUGGACAUCUUGCUCCGAGAGCUAUAUGCGCAAAAUCCAACCACCCGAGAACUAUGCCUCCUCAUCUACCGCUCCUUAGCGGAAGAUGUAUUUCUAUACGACGACGUGGUAGCCGAACUACGCAAACAGGAGCUCGUAACUGGAAUGAUGGCGGUAACGGUCAGCGCACAUAUAUUAGAGGAUUUGCAUGCAAAACGCGGGGCGGAUGUGAAUUUGCGUUCCGAAGGCACUCAGCAACCGACUGACAGCGGACGAACGGAUUUUGAGAUGCUACUAAGACUAAUACGUGCAAACCCUGAGAAUGAAGGGUGGUUGAACCGGUGGGUUGGUGGGGCUGCUGAUCUUCAUCAAGAAUGGAUUGUACAGCGAGCGGGAAACGCGGAGCAAGCACCAGUGACAGAGAGAUUGGCGGUAUUGACGCUUAACACCUUGGUUGUGUAUCUGGACUGGGUACUGCUAAGAGCCAUAGGUGAAUCCCGUGUUGCAUACCUUCUGACAGAAUUGCUCCUUUCAGCCUCUUUGCCAAUCCGUCAGUCAGCGGCAGAGUGCCUGAUUGUCCUCUUUUCCCGCAAUAUUCACUACGCCGACACUGAAAACCGUCUCUCCUGUAUAUGGACACCCAUAUUCUCGGACGGAAAUCUUGAAAAGAUGAUCACUGCAUGGGCGAGGGUGCAUGGACAAACCGACGCUGGUGGCAUUGAUAGUGUAGAGCAGACAUCACUAGUGGAGGAGGAGGAUUAUAAAUUUAUGAAACGGUUAGCGCAGGGGGCAACGGCUCUCGGAGAGAAUCAGAUAUGUUUCAGAAAGGCUGCCGAAGCGCCUCCAAACUUCACAAGAUAUUUGGAGUUUAUGAUGGUCAUAUUCGAUCAUCCGUCAAUUCUUGUCGCCUCAACCACUGCCUCUCUCUGGGGAGAACUAGUAAAGCACGACUACUUCAAAUCGACCCAGGAGAUUCUAUUUUCCUUACCACGAUUGCUAACCCUCAUUGCCACGAGAGUCUGCCAUGACCGCACGCAUGAGGACGCUGUAAACCAUUAUCGACAUAUUGAUUUUGAUUCAGCGGACGAGUUCGAGACAUUUUCCGGUGCGUUUCGGCAACGAAUGCUGGAUAUUGUGAGGAGCGUAGCAAAUUUGAAGCCGAAGGAUUCGUUUUCGUAUAUCGCAGAACGUGUCAGGCAAAUGUUGGUGCUACAACCGAAUUCGGCGUACACGAAUGACCUGGGAUUUCAGAAAGACGACUCACCAUAUGUCCAGCUAUUCGAAGGCAAUUGCGCAAUGCUCGAAAUUAUUGUUGUUGGCAGUCUCAAAUCAUCGGAGGGACUCGAUGAAGGUUUCUGGAGGUUCAUGAUGGAACUUGUUGAGUUGAUUUUGAAUUUCAAAACUGCGGACCCAACCCUCGCCCGGAUUCAGCUUCAAAUGAUUGUUGCAUUUGGCGGGGUCCUUCACCUGGCACCUCCUUUACUGCUGCAAUGUUUGGAAAAGAUCUUCACCUUCGUAGCAUUUACUAUGCCUGGAGAAGAAGAUUUUAUUCGUCGCAAGAUCAGUAUUUGUGAGGCGACGCGGGUGUUGCGACGAAAAGCGGCAUCCUUACUGGUCAAACUUGCAAUGACGAUGCCGGAUGCGUUAAUUGGCAUCUAUGCAAGUAUAAGCCCCGCCAUACAAAGACUCAGUGACGAACGUUUAGUGCUCAUGUCGGAAGAAACGAUUUUGAAAGAGUUUCUACUUGCUAUUGUAUAUUUCUCCUCCACGCCUCUUGUCGAGAAAGCACCUGCCUUUACUUCUCUUGUAGAGCCUACCGUUCGCGCGUUGGAGGACAAAGCUAAUGUUGACUUGACUUCGCCGAGUCAGCUUAUGGAAUUUAUGGGGGCUCCCCUUCUGGCAUCGAAUGUGCAAAAUAUCCAAAUAUCACCUGGGCAACUGCAAGUAGCGAAUCCCGGCCUGGUAGACGCCUUCGCAAUCAAAAAAGAGCAACGUGGACAACUUCUUGGGCUGCUAUCUGGAAUGUCACAAUAUUUGAAGCUAACAAUUGAAACUAAACCGUCUGGCGGAGGAAAUAAGAGAGUUGAACUCUGGGCCGACUAUAUUCCCCGUAUCUUGAGAUCUGUUCUAACAAUCAUCAAGUCAAUUCACGGGCUCUGGGAUCCUUCUGUGUGGCAACAGUUUCCUUCAGAUGUUCUUCGUGUAUUGGCAACCACUCCACAAGAAAGAGCUCUGUUUGCAGGAACGGAUGUAUCCGACGACCUACUAGCAGUAGGUGCCAACGAAUUCAUGAAUCAGGUUACGAUGAUGAGUCGAUGGCUGGGAAGUAUACGGGACCAAUGUUACCACAUCCUGAGCCGCCUUACAUACGCCAGUCCCAACUUUUAUACUGUGCCCUCCAUUGGACAACAUCUGCUCCAAUCCCUCCUCUCCGACGCCAUGCACAUUGAUAAUCGGCAUUGGAAGCUUAUUUUGAAUAACGUCAUGCGACCUUUGAGUCUUAAUUGUCCCUCAGGAUUUGACAGCACUAUUCUAGAGCCGAUUCUGUCACCAUUCCUCAGAUCAAUGGUGUCCAAGUUAGACCGAGAGUGGCGGGAUCUUGUCGAACGGGGUAUUCGGUUGACGAAUGAGGAGGCCGAGGAGGCGACGGACAUGUCUGACGAUAUAAUUGCAGAGAAGAUGUUGAGAGAUGUCACCAGAGCUUAUAUUGAUUUGAUUGCAGCCCUCCUAGCCCCUGCAACUCCUGCUGCAAAAAAGACAGAAGAGAACCCAGCGAACAUCCUAAAACAAUCAUUUCAGAAUCCUGACUUGGUUCGCUUUCUUCUCUGGGAUGAGGCAAUCUCCGGUCCCCUACUCAGUAGCAUCACCCAUUUAGUGACUUACAAAGAUACGCAAACGUCCCGAAAGGCCGCGGUAACCUCUUCCAAACUGCUUCCAGUUCUCGUUGGGCAUUACGAAUUUCAUGUUUGGUUGGGGAAAGAUUUGUUGAUGUCUUUGCUUGAGGCUCUCCAUGACCCAUACCACCAAGAAAUACAUUCGGAUAUUAUCAGCACCAUUGCGGACGUUUAUAUCCGGCUACGACCGGUAUCAAUGCUUCCUUAUGAAACUUUUGGCAGUUUGCCCGGAAUGAAUGUGGACUCUCUAAAGGCCUUUGAGGAGAGCUUAGCAAAAAAAUCGUCUGCUAAAGAGCAAAAUGCGAUCGUAAAAGGCUUCCUGCAAUCGAUUACCGGAAUUGCAAUAAGUCAGCAGGGUAAAAAGCAGGAAAGCUUUGUCCUCAACAUCCCAGAAAAGCAGCUCCUGACCCGCCAACCCCGGCAAUCGCGGGAUGAAGACCGUGAAGGUGAUGCCGCAAAUGAGUGGUUUAGCGGCUUGUUUGACCAGGGAAGUAGAUAAGGCAUGUACUCGUAGUUGGUUGCGUUGGCUGGCUUAGGCUAUACAUAGUGCUCCCGCAUCGCAUAGUAUUAAAUAGCCAAGCAGCGUUUGGUGGGAAGGAAUUCGUAGAAUGUACAAUAAAUAGCUUGCUUAUUUUGUCUCAUAGUCAUCAUAUUUUUCAUGUCUAUAUAACACAAGUCUCCCC